GUCAAACUGUAGCAUUAAUCUUUUAUCAAAAAUAUAUUUACUGCAAUGUCAACAUGGCGGCCCCCAUGAGAACAUUCAAUAGGUUAUUCAAAAUAGCUAUUAUUUCAAAAAGUUCCAUUCAAGAAUCUCUUCUUAGUAAAGAAAUAUCAAGAAACCGUCUUUUAGCUGCGAGCAAUAAGACUGUGUGUUGCAGAGUAUUUAGCAGUGGACACAUCCUACAAAAUGAAAGUAAAAAAGAUUUGAGACCACAGACAAAUGAAGAACAGAAAACUCAACACGAUGUCAUCAGGCUGGAAGUUGACAUUGUGGAGGAUGAGGAGGUUGCAGAUGUGCUGUACAGCAAAUUGGUCCUUGAGGUCAAAGGUCAUGAUGAUGCAGUUCUCACUAGCUACCAGAAGUUUGUACAGCUCACAUCUAAAUGCUUGGGGCUGGAGGAAUGUACAGUAGAAAAGCCAAAAUAUGAUGUCUUCAGAAGAUCACUCCUGAAGUCUGUUCAUGUAUUCAAAAAGCAUUAUGUGCAGUAUGAGCAAAGAACUUACUACAGGAUAUUCACAUUGCCGCGAGUGACGGGCUCUACAGCAGACACGCUGUUGGAGUAUAUUCAGCGCAAUCUGCCAGAGGGCAUCGCAAUGAAGGUCACAAAGCAUCGUUUAGAGGCUUUGCCUGAGAAAUUGAGGCCACCACAGAUGAAAUCUGAAACCAAAGUCUCUUCCUAAAUGUCCUAUUGUGUAAAAAGUAUUAAAAUAUAUGGAAAAAUU